AUGAAACUUUAUGAUAAUGGAGUUGCAGUUUUAGGUUGUGGUAAUUUAGGAAAUGCUAUUGCAAAAGGUUUAGUUGCAUCAAAACAAUUUAAAUCAAAUCAAAUAGUAUUGACUAAAAGAAAUUUAUCAACUAUUGAACCAUUGAAAAGGGAAGGAUAUCAUGUGACAACAUCAAAUCAUGAUGCAGUAUCAAGAUGUAAGAUUGUAAUCGUUUGUGUUGUACCAGCUCAAUUGGAUGAUUUAUUAGAUUCUAUUAAACAAUCAGUAACAGAGAAUCAUAUAAUCAUUAGUGUUGUGUCAGGUGCUUCAAUCGAAGAUAUUAGAUCACAUUUAGAAAAGGAUGUACCAAUUGUUCGUGCAAUGCCAAACACUGCAAUUCAACAUUGUCAAAGUAUGACUUGUCUUGCAAUUCGUUCCUCUCAUCAAAAAUCAACAAACUCCCCAUCGGAUAAAGCAAAAGAUAAUGCUUUAGAAGUAGCUAAAAAAAUUUUCAAUUGUUUAGGUAUGUCCAUCGUUUUAAGUGAAGAACAAAUCGUUCCUGCUACCGCUUUAUGUGCUUGUGGUAUCGCUUUCUUUUGUAGAGCCAUUAGAGCUGCUGCUCAAGGAGGUUGUGAAAUUGGAUUCCAUGCUGAAGAUGCAAUUAGAAUAGCGGCUCAAACUGCUAAAGGUGCUGCUACUUUAUUAUUAGAAAAUAAUUUCCAUCCAGAAUAUGAAAUCGAUAAAGUAACCACCCCACAAGGUUGCACUAUUGCAGGUUUAAAUCAAAUGGAGCAUGCAGGUUUUUCAUCUGCAAUGAUCAAGGGUAUUGUUACAAGCUCUGAUAAAGCUGCUUCCCUUUAUACUCAAAAACAACAAAAUAAAAAACAACAACAAUUAAAACAACAACAACACCAACAACACCAACACCAACAACACCAACAACACCAACAACAAGUUCAACAACAAGAACCACAUCAAUACCAACAACAACAACAACAAUCACACCAACAAUCACAAUACAAUCAAGGACAUAACUACGGACAUCAAAACCAACACCAUCACAAUCAUGAUGACCAACAUCAAAACUAUUAUAAUCAAGAUCAAAAGAGAAGAAACAACAGAAAACACAGAUCCAAUGAAAACUAUGACAACCACCAUCACCACAAUCAACAAUAUCAACAACAUCAACAACCAACUCAACAAGAAUCUCAAGAACAAACCCAACAACCAGAGCAAACUCAAUCCACUAAUCAAAGUAAUCAAAGAAGAAAUAGCGAGAGUAGAAAUGGUAAAUCACCACAAAAACAACCACAAAAACAAUCACAAGUUCAACAACCAAGUUCAACAACUGAGAACACUGAUCAACAACAACAACAACAACCACCACAAGAACAACAACAACAACAAGAACAACCACAACAACCACAAGAACAACAACAACAACCAAAUGUAGUUGAUGAAGCCGAGAGACCAAAGGAACAACAACAACAACCACAACAACAACAACAAACGAUUGAUAAGAAAGGUUAUAACAAUAAUAGAAGAGGUGGUAGACACUAUAGUUACAAUAAUAAUUAUAAUAGCCAUCAUCAUAGACAUAAUGGAAUAAAUAAAAAUAGUUCUUCAAUGUAUCAUGAUGAAAAAAGACACGAGGUUAAAACAGAACAAAUAAAUUAA